GUACGUGGUUGGACUGAUGCUAUUAGUUUGGAGAAGCUUGGAAUCUCCUCCAGGAGACUCCAAUCUCCAAGAGAGAGGAGGAGGAGCUCUUCAUCUGCAUCAAAUCUACAACUACAGGAACAAUUUUGGAAGAGGUGCUGACAUGCCAACACCACACUAGAUGUCUGUAGAAUAUCUGGAAGAAACAGAUCCUGUUAUAUAGCACAGUAAUUCUCAUUUAUUCAGAUGGCAAAUACUGACCUUAGAUCCCUGUUCCAUACAAACAGGCUGCCCUCGGGCGUGCCGCUGCUGCUCUGCCUGCUGUACACGCCGCUCGGACUCGGCCUGCUGGUGGUGCGGCUGUUCAUCAGUGUCCAGGCGCUGCUGGCCUUCACAGUGUUCCACUCGGAUGGCGUGCUGCGCAGUGUGGUGAUGCGGGUGAUGUCGGCCGUGCUGGGCGUGUUCGUGCGCGUGGAGCCGGGCUGCACGCCCGACGGCCAGCCCCGCCUGCUGCUGGCAAACCACGUCUCCUGCCUGGACCCGCUGGCGCUGCAGCUGGCCGCGCCGUGCGACUCGGCCUGCUCGGCCGGCACGUGGCCGGUCGUGCGGCAUGCCCUGCGGUGCCGGGUGGUGGCCUCGCCAGAAGCAGUCGAGCGGUGCGUGACGGAGGAGGGCCGCGCCCUGCUGCUGCAGCCGGAGGGCGCCAACACCAGCGGUCGCGCCGGACUGCUCACAUUCUCGGCCCAGUGCGUGCCCCGCUCGUUGGAGGUGCAGCCGGUGGCACUGCGCGCGCAGCGGCCGCCGCUGACUGACGUCAGUAUCAGCACGCUGGCGUCGUCAACCUUCUCCGACCUGCUCUACUUCCUGUUCGUGCCAGGCACUCUGUUCACCGUCAGCUUUCUGAAGCCAAUGAAAAUGCAAGAGACUGAGACGACCGCGGAAUUCUUGGAGCGUAUCCGACUUGCAAUUGCGCUUCAUCUGAAAAUAACACCCACCAAAUUCUCAUCUGGUGACAAAGCGGAGCUGGUGAAACGCGAGACGUUCCGCGCCGUGCCGCGCCGAAGCCGGCCGCCGGGCCCCAGCCCCGAGCUGCAGCGCAUGGCCACCCAGGUCAAGGAGGUGCUGCCCCGAGUCCCGCUCACCACUAUCGUCGAUGACCUGAAACGCACGCGCAGCGUGGACCAGACGAUCGCCAACCUGCUGGAGGGCGUGGUGCGAUACGUGCCGGAGCCGCCGCCGCCGACGGCGCCGGCGGUGCCUCCCUCGGCGGCGCCCCCGCCCGCGGCGGCGCCGAUCGGUCCGGGCGGCACCGACCUGCGCACGGGCGCCGACGAGUUCGCGCGCACUUCUGCCGGCCGCCAGCUGUCGUUCGAGGAGCGCAAGCGGAGGCUUUUCGAGAACGCCCGGCGGCGCUACAUUGAGCAGCACGGACUCAAAGUGCCCGGCUACAACUGCUGAGCGCGUGAUGUGUGCGUCGUUGCCGCCUGGGAAUACAGGCGAUGGCGGACGAUAGGUGAAUGGAUGGCGCAAGGCCCCUCCCCACGCCCAUGAAAGAUCAUUGUUUGCUUUCCCUAAACAGUGAACGUCUUCCGAGUUUAGAGACCUGACAGGGUUUGGUAUCUCGUACGUGAAAAUUUAAUGCAUUUGACUUGCUGUGGUCAAAACCAGCACUCGGGAUGUGUCUCGGGGCUCUUGAGUUAAGCAGUGCCUUCAUCAUAAUUGUCGCAUAUAUUGACAGUUAACUGGGCUUUGGUGAAGAGAAUCAUCUGAAUCAAAUGGAAUUCCACCCAUUGGAUCAGCUCACUGGCUCGAACUGAACCUAAUUUGACAGAGCCAAGCAUAAAAAACGUACAAGGUGGAGGGCACUGUCUCGCGCCACCCUGGAGCAACCGCUGGUUAUUUACUCACUGCCUGUUUCUUUCUCAUAGGGGUAUGCGGCAUGAAAAGCUGUCCAGUUGUUAUGUAACAUAUUCCAAAUGUUUCAAGAUUGGGGAAGUUCCAGCAAUUCUGGAUCAUGCCUGCAUUUCUUUGAUAAGCCAUAACCUGAGCAUGAACCAGUGACGUAAAUGCGUAAUGCUUUUCAUGUCAUAGGAAAGGAACCCAAUAAUGUUGCCCUCAAGGCAUCAGGCUUAUCAUUUGGAGGCUCCUUGUGUAUGCUGGCACGUACCCAGGUGUCGGGCAUCUUGUGUGCAAUGUUGGCAGGUGGUAAAUAAUUGUGUCAGUGCACUGUGCUGUGGUCGGGAUACUGGUACUUUGUGGCGGAUGACGACUUCGGAAUGUGUGGGACAACUGGUUGUCCGUUUCAGUUAUUUUUUGUUUCUGUGGGCAAGCAUUACAUAAUCUGUUUGGCAUGGGAUAAAAUGUAUUUUAUCAUUUAGAUAACUACCUGUUUUUGGGUAAUGGCUCAGAACUGAUUGGUUUCAUAACUGUGUAAAAAAGGCUGUAAUUUAAAAAUGUGCGUGAUACAGAUUAGGCCCCUGAAAUAGAAUAUCCUGGCACUAACGUGCAACCUGUAUUCUGUUUGCUUCCACGUGCGAAUCAUGAAUAUAUGACGUCGCCAC